UCUGCAAUUCUUAUUUGGUGUAAAUAAUUCUUUAGACUGUGAACAACUUAAAUGACGUAAAAGGACUAGUGCGUUACCGGACUACUUCUUGUCACGCACGGGUCACACUAGAUCAUCUCGCACCGACGCUAGAGCCGCAAUAAAGCCCCUGUAAGUACUGUGCUUCACCGCUUUCAGCGAGGACCCCGCACCCACUAUAGAAUUUCCCGUUACCUAAGAAACUUUCUUCGUCUGCCGUCGCAAAAGAAAAAUAUCUAGCCAAAGCUUGCACCUAAACCAAACCUUCCUCCCAAUCCUCUCCAACAAAAGUUCGGACACAAAAGAAAUCCCACGAAAUCUUCAACUCUCGAAGAAUCAACACGUAAAUAAGACAGCAUACCCCAAACAACCCGUCAAAAUGUCCAACCUCUCCGCGGGCGACGCCCAGCUCUUCGAAGACACCUUCACGGUGACGACGUACGAUCAAAGCAAAUACGAUCGCGUAGCGCGCAUCGGCGGCACAUCCACCGACAACCUGACGACCCUAUCGCUCGAUAUCAACAUUGAGCUCUUCCCCAUCCGCGUCGGUAGCAACCUAGAAGUCCUUCUCACUACCAGCUUGUCCCUCGACGGCUCCAAAGAUGACGAAGAGGAGAAGGGAUGGCGCCAUGUACGGGGUGAAUCUACUUUGGCGGAUAUGUACGACUACGUGUGCCAUGGCAAGAUUUACAAGUUUGAGGAUGGUGCUGACGGACAGACAAUCCGUGCAUACAUCUCAUUCGGCGGCCUAUUAAUGCAAUUGGAGGGCCCGUAUAAGAAACUUACCCCGUUGCGUGUUGACAACACUUACCUCCUCGUCAAGAAAUGAUCCACCUACACAUUAUACUUCUUACAUGCCCAUUCACGAAUUCAUGAUAAAUUUCGAGUCCGUAGGAAAAAUGGGAUUUGGGAGGCGCAGAGGGGAAAAAGUAGUUACAUUUUACAGCUACC